UUUUCCCCACAAUGGGUUGUUUCCCGGUGAUUUUCUUUCUGCUGUUUGUGGCUUUCCAAGGAGCUCCAGAAACAGCCGUGCUGGGGGCCGAGCUGAGCACGGGAGCCGAGGGCGGAGGCCAGCCGCCGACGCCCGGGGCCCCCUGGAGGCCCCGCCGUUCCAAGCGCUGCUCCUGCUCGUCCUUGAUGGAUAAGGAGUGUGUUUACUUCUGCCACCUCGACAUCAUCUGGGUCAACACUCCCGAGCACAUUGUUCCAUAUGGACUCGGAAGCCCUUCAAGGUCCAAGCGAUCCUUAAAGGAUUUAUUCCACACCCAGGCAGCUGAUCCCAAGAAGAGAUGUCACUGUGCUAGCCAAAAAGACAAGAAGUGCUGGAAUUUUUGCCAAGCAGGAAAAGUACGCAGGGACCAAGACACUAUGGAGAAAGUUUGGAAUAAACAGAAGAAAGGAAAAGGCUGUUCCAAGCUUGGGAAGUGUAUUCAUGAGCAACAAGUGGAAGAGAGAAAAGCAAGAAGGUUGGAGAGCCUCAGCAACAGGAUCAAAACAUCUUUCCGUACAGCAAAGCUGAAAGCUGAGCAGAGAGAGAAGAAAGUGACCCAUAACCGAACACACUGAUUGCAGAUGGUUUGGGUCUGUCGGAUGCAUGGUCCUCCACAGAGAGCGCACGCGCGGACCCGCCCCUCUCUCAGCACCGGCUUCAAUCAGCGCAAAAGCAUCCACCCUGCUUAGACCAUUACUUGUUCCAGACUGGCCAAGGACCCCAGGGUCCUCCUUCUAAACAUUCCAGGAAAAGCUUAAGGACUCCCCGAACUGUCUUCGUUUGCUCUCAUCCAAGAUCUCUCUCCUUGGUAGGGAUGACAGAGCGCCACGUGGAGAGCAGGGACAGAGUGACAAAGUUGAGGGUGACAGUCUCCAAGAAGGGAACUAGAGAGGAGACUCUGCCUGCCAUUGGCGUCCCUGUCCCGGGUCCGAAGGCGGUGUUUGUGUCUCAGUCAGGCGCCUGGCACAUUUCAGGGAAAAAAAAAAAAACCCAAAGUCCCCGCAAAGAUUUUUCUAAGGAAUGCACAAAUUAAAAACACACUUGAAGGAUACUCAAGGGUUUUUUUUUUAGGCAAAAAAAAAAAAAAGACUUUUUUAUUCGCAAAAUACAAAACUGAAAGAAACGAUUACUACUGUAAAUCGGGAUUUUUCAUGAAUAUGAGUCUACCUCACCUCUAUUGCACUCCAGCAUCAAUAUUUCCCUACCUUUAAUUAUUUGCCUCCCUAAACGCUGCCCCCUUCCGCCACCUCCUCCCGCCAAACUUCCCUAGUAAAGUGUCACUCAGAAGCCUGGUCUCAUGUGUCAAUAAUAGAUAGAGCGUUUUCACAGUAAUCUACAAGCUCUGAUCCACAAGAGAAAAAGAUCAAUGAAUCAGGAGAUUCCCUUACCUUGAUUUUUGGAAAUACCAUGGUAUGGGUUUUCUUUUCUUCUUCUUUUUUCUUUUCUUUUCCAUGAAAGACACUGAAAGAAAAUGUUGAUUGUGCUUUAAAGUGGCAGAUUGUUACCCUUUGUGUAACUGGCUAAUGGAAGAGGUUGGAUGAAAUUUUGAUGUACUUAUUUUUUUAUAGAUAUUUAUAUUCAAACAAUUUAUUCCUUAUAUUUACCAUGUUAAAUAUGUAUUUGGGCAGGCCAUAUUGGUCUAUGCAUAAUUUUUAACAAUGUAUUUCUGAAUGAAAUUGAGAAAAUGAUUUGUUUUGCCUGUCAAGGUGAUGACUUUAGAAAAAUAAAUAUUUUCCCUACUCUA